GCCAUAGCGGCGGGGACGAGGGCAAGGCUGAGGGGGGCGGGGCGUCGCCAUGGCGGCCAGCGGCCGAGGCGGCCAGGUGGCGCCGCCGACCAGGCCUGAGAUGAAGCGCUGAGGCGGGAGGAUGAUCUCGCGAUACACGCGGAAGCCGGUACCCCCCGACGCCCUGGGGAGCCGAGGACUUACAAAGAAUACCUUAGAACAUCAUCCCCUGCCAGACUCACUCGAAGACAGUAAUCCAUCCACUGGAAGCCAAGAAGAUGUUUUAAGUGAUUCUGAAAGUGCAAAAGAAUUAAAUUACCAACCAGUCACUUCUGUGGACAAUGGAAACUUGUGGUCACCUAGUCAGAGCUUUACAGGCAAUUCCACAGAAGACAGUUCGGUCUUCUCUUGGGGCUAUGAUGAAUUUGAUAAAGCUGCUACACGGCAAGUUCAGCAGAUAUUCAGACACAUUGAUGAGCUUUUGUAUGAACAGAAACCAAGUGUCUAUGUUGAAGGCCUAGAGGAAGAGUGCCAACAAUGGACAUCAAGCUUUCCCCAUCUCAGGAUUGUGGGAAAACAAAUGGUGAGCCCCACAGAUGAAGGUUAUGGCUGGUAUUCUAGUUCAGCUUGCAACACCUCAGGUUCUUCAGACACGAGCUCAGUGCAAGAGAAAGAUCCUAGUGAGUUUAGUAUUUUGGGCAAAAAGGUUUCCCUCUCUGUAACUCCUGUUUCUAAAGAAGGUAACGUUUCAGAAUUUCCUCAGUUGUUUGUGUUGGAAAGUGAAGAAGGAGAAGAUGGAGUGAUUGUUUCAGAAGGCAUAAUGGAGGAAUAUUUAGCGUUUGACUGCAGAGAUGUGGAGGAAGAGCUGCAUGAAAGGAAAAUGGGGAUUUCACCUGACAGACGAAAAUUAGGUUUCCCUCCUAUCUCACCCUCAUACUGCAUGAGGGAUGCUGUUCUUUCUUAUGUAUUUGAUGAUGUAUGGAGCGAAGUUUUGGGCUGUAUGGAGCAGUUAAUCUGUAGACAUUGGGAAGGGUCAGUCUCAGAUGAUGAGAAGAAUAUAAUAACUGUAGAAUCGGGCAAGACAGAUUCGGGAAGCCCUUUUAUGCAGUUUGAACCACUGCCGUUGUUGUUACCUCGAAUGCCACAAACCAAGAUGCCCUCCAUCACCUCCAAUGUGUACUCAAAGCACAGAUGUGGAUGCAAAACCAAAAAGAAGAGAAAAGCACCAGAAGUAAAUCUUUCUCAAGGAAUGAACGGCAGUCCACAACGCAGUUUGAAUGGCCUGAUGGUGAUUCAUGGGCUCCCCUUGUACCAAAGGAACUUACCACUGAUGGAUAAAAUAUUAGAUUUAGAUGACAGAUUGCUUACGAGGCCAGGGUCCAGUACUGUCCUGUCAACUAGAGCCUGGCCAAAUCGUGCUUUUGAGCUCAGCACCUCUGCUCUGUCCUAUUCCGCUCAGACUGCUAGGAGGCGUAACCCACCACCACGUACCCUGCAUCCAAUCAACACCAGCUAUUCUCGUUCGGGGACUCCAAGAUCCAUGGAUGAAGUCAUCAGGGGAACACGACUCACCACUGCAAGUGAGCAGUUGUCAUCACCUUCCCCGAUGCCACUGAGCCGAAAUAAUCUCCUGCCUCCUAUUAGUUCUGUAGAUGCAGUAGAACACUUGGGAAUCCAAAAGCAAAUGAAAUCCCAGGGCAAUGCCAGCCGAGCUCGCAGUGCAAUAGCAGAUGAAAUAAAUCAUCAGCCAGUACAUGAAAAAUUUUUGUUGCCUGAUAGCUUCUCCAGACCCAACACAUCCCACGCAUUUUGGCCAGACUCACAGCAUCGCCGUUCUUGCACUAUUAUUGAUUAUGCUAAUCAUCCACGGACUAAUAAAGGAUCUGCUGGCACAGAUUCUAUUAACGUAGGAGUGAUGGGAGUCAGUUUAGGGAUGUCUAGUUCUUCCUAUAUUAAUUCUUUCCACCACCAGCCUCUUGGUCAUUUUCUUUACGAGGAUGAGGAGGACAAAGAAGAUCAUCCUCCAUUGGUAGGUCUUCAAUUGCAUGGGUCUGUGAGAACACACAGCCGAGGUGGAUCGGUCCCAAGAAGCAGACAGGGAUUGUAGCAUUUUAUGAGAAGGAGCCAUCCCUUUCCAAGACUGGGGAACAUCUACAGACAUUUUAAAAAUCAGUAUUCAACGGUAGCAAUAUCAUACCUGUUUACAGAAGAAGUCUAAAACUUUCUCUAUGGAGUCCUAUUUUUGUAGAAAUGAACUGCCAAAGACUACAGGAUUGCGUAUAAAUUUUGUUCCUGUAGAUCAAGCUGUGCUGUUCUGUGGGACUGCUCCUGUCUGUUCUAGGAAUCUACCAAACUACUAUCCAAUGCUGACAUAUUGCAAUACAAAGAAUGUCUUCCUGAGGAGCCUGAUUCCUGUAGCAGUAAUAACAGUGUACUUUUAGCACCAUUUAACUUGCCAGUAAUUGACACUGAUAGCACUAGUAAUAUUUCUAGAACAUGAUGGGGGGAAACUGCAGAAGCUGAUGUCUGAAGGUGGCCAAGAUUAAAAUCCUUAAAAAGUGUUACAUUUUGGUUAUCACCAUUCUAUACCUUCAUACUUGUUAACCCAGUGACUCAGUGAAAGAUGACUGAGGCAAAUUUGUUUACUAGAAGAAUACUUUCAACACCCAUUUUUCCUUGUUGAAAUGUUUUAAAACAAUGUGAGAAGUUUAAAAAGCAUUUGGGUAAUUGUUUCUGUGCAGCAGCCAUUUUCAGAGUUUUAGGAUUCUCUCAUUGGUGAGAGAGACAGUUUCAAGCAGAUACACUUUCUACAUUUUGUAGGAGACAAGCUCAGUGGGUCGUAUGAACUUAAAAAUACUUAGAAAAAGCAUAGCCUGCUAUGAAAUUACAUUCCACAUCUGAUGUAAGUUUAAUGUACUACUUAAAAAAAUAGUUCUAGCUCUUACUAGUCAAAGUAAGUGCCGACUGCAAAGGUAUGAGGCUAUGAAAAUUGAAAAUAGCUUUGCAUGAUCUUCUAGGUACCAUGUAAAAUUUGUAAAAGCCAGGAUGGGAAUAGUUUCUUAUUACAUUGUAAAACAGAGUAACUUUUAUAUGCAAAUAAAGAAAAUAUUUUCUAAA